AUGACAACACACAAAACGCAGAUGCCACUCUAUGUAAGAAAACAUUCCCAUGUGGAAUUUCAUAGUCAAUACUUAAAGCCACAUAAUCAUCAUUUUGACAGUCGUUUAUUUGAUAAAAAUAUUGAAAACUUCAACGAAUUUGAAUUGCUUCGCUUCUCACGAUCUUCGUCGCUGCUAACAUCGAAACAUGUAGGAAAGUUUUUAGGAGGUGAAGGCAUUUCAGAGUAG